AGUCACCUCUGGCUCACAGAAGCACAACCUUGCUGCUGGCUGCUGGACGUGACUAUGGUCCUGAUUUGACGAAGUUUGAAAAAUUUGCAAGUAAAAUGCGGAAACGGCUGCACAUAUUAGCAUUGAUCCUGCUAAUCUUGUCAAGUAAUGCAUUUGGUGGUGGGAAUAAAACAAAAACAGUAAAAACUGCCCAGAAAACAAAUCUCAAGGAAAAAGUUACCGACCGCAUAAAACGAUUUGCCGAUUAUGACGAAAACGAUGGACAGUUUUGGGCUAAUAGGGGAAAAAGACAAGUUACUCAUAAAGAUUUCAUCAAAGAUGAUAUUGAUCAAGAAGUAAAUAGAAAGUAUUCAAAUAGCAAGAAUAAAUUGUAUGAUGAACCACCUUUUUGGGGUAACCGAGGCAGGCGCUCAUCUGAAGAAAAUGACAGUGACCCAACAAGUUCCAAUCUUGUUUCUGAUAAUAAUGAUUACUACAGUUUUACACCAGAAGAAAAGCUCAAUGGAUAUCCAAGUUUAAAAGACAGAAGGGAAAAUACGCUUCCCUUUUGGGGCAAUCGAGGAAGACGGAAUUCUGUUGAAAUAUCAGUGGACAAUGACGGUCCAUUCUGGAGUAGCAGGGGUAGACGACAAGAAGAGGAACCAUUUUGGGGUACAAGAGGGCGAAGGGAAAAUGGUUUACCAUUCUGGGGUAACAGGGGUAGACGGGACAAUGAGCCAUUUUGGGGAAACCGAGGUAGGAGAGAAGACAAUGAACCAUUUUGGGGUAAUCGCGGAAGAAGGGAAGAAAAUGAGCCAUUUUGGGGAAACCGCGGCAGAAGACAAGAUGAUGAACCUUUUUGGGGCAACAGAGGAAAAAAAGAAGAUGAAGAGCCAUUCUGGGGAAAUCGUGGCAAAAAGGAACUUGACACUAAAGAACCGUUUUGGGGAAAUAGAGGCAGGCGUAAGGAAGAUUUCAAAGAAUCUAUUAUGGAAGCUAUUAAUAAAGUUGAAAAUGAUAUAGACUAUUUGUCAAGGCUUAAAAAAGAUGCAACAGAAUUCAAUGGGCGCUUCUGGAAAAAUCGAGGAAGAGAUAGUCAAUUAAAACAUUUAUUUGAUAAUCCAAUGAAAAAUCAGCAUGGCAUUGAGCGAGUUCCUUUCGAGUUGACCGUAAAGCCGUCAGUCUCUAGUACCCUGUUAGAUGAUAGAAUAUAUGCUGAUCAACCACAUUAUAUUUUAGUAGAAAGAAGCAGUCGAUCAUCUGGCGAGUCCUUAGACCCCUAUUAUAUAUCCAGAGGCAAGAAGUACUUUAAACCAUCGAGGGGUAGACGCAAUGCUAUCGAAGAAAUAGUCAAAUCGGUACGAAACGAUCCUUACUAUAUAGCAAGGGGCAAAAAAGAUUUCCAAGAGAUGAACUUGACGCAUUCAAAAUCACAUGAUGGGUUUUCAAAGGCUAAAGAACUCAUAUGUGCAACCAUUGAACUAUCAUUAAUGCACAAUGAAAGCAAAGAUGUGAAAAGAGAAAUUAAUGAGGACAGGGAUAGACGAAACAUUCUUAAGAAGUUAGCAGCGCAGCUACAAAAUGACCCGUAUUUUGUGAGCAGAGGCAAGAAAACGGAAAGCAAAGAAAAUGACGUCGAAGAAUUCAUUAGUCAGGUAGCUGCUAUGUGUAACUAAAACAUUGAAAUAGGUGUUUAGGCUCUUAUUGACAUAAGUGUACCACGCAAAAAAGAAAAAAAAUGUAAGUGUAAUGUAAAAUAAAUAAUGUUACUAUACGUUUUCACAGAAAUAUAAUAACGUAUGUAAUGAAAAGUAAUUAUAGACAUUGAUUGUGACACGAUUGUUUGAAUAAAAAUAACGAUUAA